GCACCAAAUUUGCAGCAAAAGAUGGAUUGAGUUGCAAGUCUAAAGUAUUCCUCUUCCAAUAUUAUGAUUUGAAGUGAAAUAAAAAAUAAUUGACCACAACAAUCGGACAAGUUAUAUACAGAUUCAAGUUCUGAGAUUCCCAAUCGAGCUACAAUAGCAAAGAUAGAUCCCUUCCGAAAGGAAAAUCAUCUCUACGUGGCUGAAACAGAAUUGAAAUGAAAGGAUCCUUUGAUUACAACGUUUACCCUAUUUAAUUAAUUUCGAUGUUUUUGAGGCCACCAUUUUCACAGCAGACCAAUCAUGGCCUCCUCCUCCCUUUUCCUCCACCCCGCCGUCGCGGCUCCAUUUCGCGCCGUCGCUUUCUCCACCAAAGCCACCCUUCCGCCGCCGGGCCACGAAAAGAAGUCUUUCGCCGUCGCUACGGGGGAGCUCUUUCUCGGCAUCACGUCUCGGAUUCUGAAGAGGAACGGCAAAAUCGUGGGCGGCGGGGAGCUUCGGGCGCCGGAGAAUGAGAGCGGCUGGUGGCGGAGGAACGGGGGGAUCGGGGCCGUCGUGGAGGACCCGGUUCAGCCGGAGGUGGUGUGGGAGCAAGGGGUGAAAGACGUGGAGGCGGCGCGGCGGCGCAAGGCGGUUAGUAGCCCUGGGUUUAGCUUCUCCGCCGCGGGGCUCUUGUUCCCUUACCAUCUUGGGGUGGCUCGCCUUCUCAUUGAGAAGGGUUAUAUCAAGGAAACAACACCGUUGGCUGGUUCGUCUGCUGGGGCUAUUGUGUGUGCGGUGAUUGCCUCGGGAGCCAGCAUGGAGGAGGCACUGGUGGCUACCAAGAUAUUGGCUGAAGAUUGCAGGCUUCGAGGAACUGCGUUUCGCCUUGGGGCUGUGCUUAGAGAUGUUCUGGACCAGUUUCUGCCUGAUGAUGCUCAUAUCAGGUCCAGUGGAAGGGUUCGUGUGGCUGUAACGGAGAUUAUGUGGAGGCCGAGGGGUGUUCUUGUGGACCAAUUUGAUUCCAAAGAAGACCUUAUCAAUGCUGUUUUCACCUCCUCAUUCAUUCCUGGAUAUCUUGCUCCGAGGCCAGCAACAAUGUUCCGCAAUCGUUUAUGUAUAGACGGGGGUUUGACACUGUUCAUGCCGCCAACCUCUGCUUCUCAGACGGUGCGCGUUUGUGCAUUUCCUGCUGGUCGUUUGGGAUUGAAUGGAAUAGGAAUCAGCCCCGACUGCAACCCAGAGAACAGGGCCAGUGCCCGAGAGCUUUUCAAUUGGGCGCUCGAGCCAGCUGCGGACCAUGUUCUUGAUAGACUCUUUGAGCUUGGGUAUCUUGAUGCAGCUGUGUGGGCAGAGGAGAAUCCAGUGGAAGAAAUAGUUCGACAAGACAGCGCUUGCUGAUGGCCCGACAAAGAAAAUUCAGGCAUCGAUAAUAACUGUACAAACUCUGGAGAGCGCUACUUGUUUAAGUUCUGUCUUGAAUGUCUUGUGAAGCAUAGAAUAUAGAUGAAAAACACUAGCAAGUUGUGAUAGGGAAGAUAUGCGGUGUAAGAAAAACAUCAAAUAUAGUAUAGAGUUUUAUAUACACUACAAAAUAUGUACUGUAAUUCAAUUUUGUGAUCAAGUAUUAGUACCAAUUUGAUGUAAGAGGGUAAUUGACAAUGUAAGUGUUGAUUGAUUCUUGUGUAAGAAUAAGUGUUUUUCAUGUCAAA